AUGGCCCACGUUCCAACACUCACCAAGAUCACAGACCUAAAGUCACAUCGGUUCGAGAAGCCGGUGAAGAAGAUCUUCGAUGGCCCCGACUUGUCCUUCUUCCUGAUGUCGCUGGCCUAUCGGGACAUCAUGACAUUCAUUCUGCAGUUGAACAGGUCGGUUGUGCCACGCAAAAGCCAGACGGGAGGAACAAGCACCAUCACGACCUGGCGACUAGACUCAGACGAGCUCGUGUUCUCCGAUGCCAUCUCGCGACUGCGUCACCUGUUGAACAAGCUGAUAGACCUUGUCGACGCCGUGCCUCCCGACACCGGCCCGAGGCGAUUUGGCAACGUCAGUUUCCGCAAGUGGUACAAGAUGGUCGAGGAACAGGUGGUGGCGGGCAGCUUAUUGACGGAAUCUCUCCCAGAAGAACUCGCACCCGCGCACGAGGAGCUCGGGGCGUAUCUCCUGGGCAGCCUCGGUAGCGCGCAACGGCUGGACUACGGGACGGGCCACGAGCUCAGCUUCCUCGCCUUCCUGGCCUGCCUGUGGAAGCUGGGGUUCUUCCCCGACACCACCCAAACACCGGGCGUGGAAGAGCGAGGCAUCGUCCUGGGCGUGUUCGAGCUGUACCUCGUGCUUGUCCGGAAACUCAUCAAGACGUACACGCUGGAGCCGGCCGGGUCGCAUGGCGUCUGGGGUUUGGACGACAAUUCCUUCCUCCCCUACGUGUUUGGCUCCGCCCAGCUGUGUCCGCCCAUCGCCGAGACCGACGACGCCACCCCGACGGAGGGCUCGCUGCCCGACGCGCCCGAGGCGUCGGCGGUAACGAAGCCCAACCUGGUUGAGAAGGAAAAGCGUGCCAACAUGUACUUCGCGGCGGUCGCCUUCAUCUACGACGUCAAGCGUGGGCCCUUCUGGGAACACAGCCCCAUGCUCUUCGACAUCUCGGGCAUCAAGGACGGUUGGGGAAAGAUCAACAAGGGCAUGAUCAAGAUGUACAACGCCGAGGUGCUCUCCAAGUUUCCCGUCGUCCAGCACUUCCCCUUCGGGUCGCUGUUCCGGUGGGAGCGGGACCCCGACGCGAAGCCGCCACCACCCUCUACCCACGCCGCGGCGAGCAAUCAACCGCUCCGCAACCCGAUGGACACGAAUGCCCCGAGUGCGGUGAGGCCGACGGGUCCGACGACGACGACGGCUGCUCCCUGGGCCGCUGCCGCUGCUUCUGCUGCGAAGCCGGCGGGGUUUGUCAACGGAGUCACGCAGGCGCCGUGGGCGGCGAGUCGAGCAGCAGCACCACCGGCCGCACCACACAGACGUCCCCUGCAAGCCGUGAAGGAGAUGGACAACAACAUGAAGACGACCCAGCAGGACCCGGUAGGGCAGAGGUAA